GCUCGGACACAGGAGCCAGAACACCGAUCAGUAGCCCCGAUUUCUUGAUGGAUGGUCCACCUUAUAACCUCUUUUACCAACAUUAAGGCCCCACUUUUGGAAGGCAUUUGGAAGCAUUUAGCUAGCCAAAGUUCUCGCUUCUGCGCUCAAUUAAGACGCAAGGUGGUUCAGAUAUUACGCAAGAAACUCUUUGAAGCCCAGGCUUCAGCAUAUAUUAUUCGACCAGAUUCACAGAAUCAUGGAGCCUAGAUGGCUCCCGCUCACUGCGCUGCCGCAGCCAAAUGUAUCACCAACCGCUCAAGCCGCCUGUCUAAUAGAACCAGCAAAACAAGACCGAGGGGAAAUAAGCCAUGAUCGCCCUGGCGUUAAACCUGUCGCUCCCCUAUCACAACAGCAGAAGCGGCUUCCGGCAUCCUUAUCAUCCGAAGCUCCCUCACCUUGUCGUUCGCUUAGACCAGAGCCUUCAGGCAACUCGAGACCGUUGCCUUACAAGUCAUCAUCGCUGUCCGUUUCAACCCCUCAUCGUCACACGCCCAGUUACCUGUCCAAAGGGACAGUUCCAAGCUUGAUUGAGAACUGGUACCACACGGACGUAAACGACAAGCCCGUGGAGAUUUAUAAAUAUCAUCCUCCACUCUCCUUAGAAUCCUUUCGGCAUGGAAGUGAAGGAACGUCCAGCGCGGCGGACGAGCAAGAUCGAGCAUUCCUGGAGAUAGCAUUACUCAGAUCAAUGCCCCAGCGCAAUCCUAGUAAGACGAUGAUCCUCGAAAAGGCAUUGGAUUAUAUUAUGAUGUUAGAGCAGAGGAAUGAACGUCUUUUGCAGCAAAACAUUGAGCUGCAGAAUCGCCUGGUGCUCCUCAUCACGGCUCCGGACCCUGCCUCUCAAGUUCGACAUCCGUAACCCUAGUUCAGAAAAGACGGGUAUGAAGAAGAAAAGAUGAGAAAAGAUGGGAAGUUAUGGGAUUGUCCUAUAUUAAAUCUAACAUCAUGGACUCUUGAUCCAGAUUCGUAAGGAUUCAAGACAGCUUUGGGACAGCCUGGAUUUCCUAAGGCAACAUCUUAGGUUGGGGGGUUAUUGGAAGGUUAUGCUGACCGCAGGCAGUACUUGGGUAAUAGUUUCAAGCUGAUGCAAUUAAAAAUGAUCGUGGAUAGUUAAGGGAUGUAGGUACAUGAUGGAAAUUGGGAGGUCUACGAAUAUAUACAUCCGUUUUUGG